CCAAAUCAACCACCCCACUCAUUAAGAAAAGGAACACCGAAGGGAAAGAGGAAGAAACAGAGGAGAGAGAGAGAGAGCAAUGGCGAACAAAUGGAACCAGAUCUCUUCCAUAUACCUUUCCUCGAAGGAAGAAGAAGAAGAUGAUGAUGAGGAAGAGGAGGAGGAGGAGGAGGAUCGAGAGGAAUACAGGAAGGGAGGAUACCAUUUCGUUCUUCCUGGCGAUCAAUUCUUUGGCUCGCGAUACGUGGCUCAGAAAAAGCUUGGUUGGGGGAAUUUCUCGACCGUCUGGCUCGCAUAUGACACCGAAACCAAAAAAUUUGUAGCCCUCAAAAUCCAGAAGAGUGCUCAAAAUUUCACAGUGGCGGCACUUGAAGAAAUUGAAAUACUCCGCGCUAUUAGUGAUGGUGAUCCCAAAGGCUCGAAGGGUGUUGUUAAAUUGCUGCACCAUUUUAAUCACACUGGGCCAAACGGGAGUCAUGUGUGCAUGGUUUUUGAGCUCCUUGGAGAGUCACUUCUUAAACUUCUUAGGUACAAUCGUUACCGGGGUUUGCCACUCCCUAAAGUUAAAGAUAUUUGCCAUGGAAUUAUUUUGGGCCUAGAUUACUUGCAUAGGGAACUCCGGAUAAUUCACACAGAUUUGAAACCUGAGAAUGUGAUGUUAACAUCUAGUAUUGAUCCUUCAAAAGAUCCACAUAGAUCGGGACUCAUCCCCAUUCUUGAAAGGCCUGAAAAAAAAAUGAACGGUGGAACAAUUGGAGUUGCGGGAAAGAAGCUGAGGAAAAAGGUGAAGAAGCCAGCAGAGACAGAAAAGGUCAGAAGCUUAGAAGGCAUUGACUUCAGCUGUAAGAUUGUGGAUGUGGGAAAUGCUUGUUGGAAAGACAAGAAAUUUUCUGCCGAAAUACAGACUCGACAGUAUAGAGCACCUGAGGUGAUUUUGGGAUAUGAUUACAACGAAGCAGUUGACAUGUGGUCCUUUGCUUGUGUUGCAUUUGAAAUAGCUACCGGUGACAUGCUUUUUGAACCCAAGAAUGGGGAAGGAUUUGAAUGUGAUCAAGACCAUUUGGCUCUGAUGAUUGAACUUCUUGGAAAAGUUCCUCGGAAGAUUGCAGUUGGUGGGUCACGGUCCAAAGAUUUCUUUGACAGAUAUGGUGAUCUAAAGAACAUAAAGAGGCUAAGAUUCUGGCCUCUAAUCAAGGUUUUGAUCGAGAAAUACAAGUUUAUGGAGGCUGACGCAAAUGAGUUUGUAGAUUUCUUGUCUCCUCUUCUGGAUUUUGCCCCAGAGAAGAGACCAACAGCAGCACAGUGUCUGCAGCAUCCAUGGAUUUUGAGCAGGAAGUCAGCAGCGGUUGCUGAUAAGAAUGCAAAACCUUUGGAGAACAUAGAGGUUGGGGUGAGUAAAUUAAAUAUCAAAGAAGUUGGGGUGGGUAAACCAAGUGUCAAAGAAGCAGGCCUGAGUAGGCAAAAUAUCAGAGAAAGCGGGUGGAGUAAAGUAAAUGUCAGACUAGGCAAAUGAAGAGGCAGUAAUUGUGUUCGGGUCGUUUCGUCCUCUAUCUUCCUAAUCGGUUUUGGUUUGUAAAAUUUGUAAUAUCUGUAAUAAUAUUCAUUCAAUUGAUUGAAAUACGGAAUAUUGUAACUUCAAAACUGUUUCUUAAUUAUUGAAAGGCCUAACUACUUGCGAUGAUUCCUUGUUGAA